UCAGAAGUUGCUGGAGCGACACUGGAAGUGCACAACCUAAGCCUCUUACUGUAAUUCACUGAGCCUCCAGAGUCCAGCACAGCACAGCCGGGAUCAGCAGAAUGUGAGAUGCCGGGUCCCGUCUAAAGGCUACACCUCAGUAGUGUUUACCCGUCUAAUAACAGCGGUGAGGGUCACGUUGUUGUCUCCGUGUGGAUCGGAUAACACGAUGGCUUGAAGACCUCCAGAGAGAGAGAGAGAGAGAGAGAGGGAUGCUGUCCGGGGACGUGGUGGGCAUGUGGGGGGUGGCCCUCAGCGACGGAGUGUACAGGAUAGAGUUUGCUCAUGGCACCACCACGGGGAAACGCGUCGUGUACGUCAACGGACAGGAAGUGGUCCGAAGGGACUGGAUGUUCAAGCUGGUGGGGAGGGAGGCGUUCACGGUGGGCCGCGCUCGCACCAGAGCCUGCGUCAACAUCGAGGCAGUCACCGGCUUCUCCUACGAGUACUCGCUGGAGAUCGACGGCAAGAGCCUGGAGAAGUUCCGCCACGACAGGGCAAAGGUCACCACCACCUGGAUCCUGAAGGUGGAUGGAGAGGACUUCAGGGUGGUGCUGGAAAAGGACACUAUGGAUGUGUGGUGCAACGGACAGAAAAUGGACACAAUGGGCGAGUUUGUUGACGACGGCACCGAGACCAACUUCUCCGUGGGCGACCACGAGUGCUGCAUAAAGGCCACGAGUGGUGGGAGGAAGAAGAGCGGCAUCGUGCACUAUCUGCUGCUCGACGGAGAGACGAUGCCCGCACUAUGACAGCAACUUUGAACCAAAUACUUAAAUAUAAAUAAUAAUAAUAGUCAGUCCAUUAUUAUUAUUAUUGUUAGUAUUAUUAUUAUUAUAAAUAAUAAUAAUAAUAAUAAUAUUAAUACAAAUAAUAAUGAUGAUAACGUCUCUCAAACAUACAUUCUUCUUCAUCUUCUUGUUUUAUUAUUAUCAUGAUAUAGGCCUACCACUAUGCUACCUGAUUCUGUUUGACGAGAUAGAUCAUUGCAUGGUAUUUAGUUUUUCUAAGUAUAAGUCCACUUUUCUGGUGAGAUGUGUCCAAUGAUAAAUAAAGCAUGUUUUGUGCAUCAGCG